ACAGUGUCGGGGGAGCGGGAGUGUGAGAGGGGCGCGAUGCAGCUCAGAGACCCCAGGAAGUCAUUCGUGGCUGGUGGUGUAGCAGGCAUAUGUGUAGACCUGAUUCUCUUUCCACUAGACACCAUUAAAACCAGACUACAGAGCUCUCAAGGCUUCUCCAAGACAGGAGGAUUUCGAGGCAUUUAUGCUGGUGUUCCUAGUGCUGCCAUAGGAUCUUUUCCCAGUGCUGCUGCUUUCUUCGUUUCUUACGAAUGUAUCAAAUCAGCGCUGGAACCUCACUCAUCUCCAAAAACGGCCCCACUUGUACAGAUGGUUGGUGCUUCAGUUGGGGAAGUGGUCGGGUGUCUGAUACGGGUCCCUACGGAAUUAGUUAAACAGCGGACACAAGCUUGUCCAACAUCUAGUUCUUACAAGAUAUUUCUUGAGACUGUGAAGCAGGAGGGUUUCUUUGGACUCUACAGGGGAUAUGGAAGUACAGUGCUACGAGAGAUUCCCUUUUCUCUGAUUCAGUUACCCUUGUGGGAGUCUCUAAAGGUCCUGUGGUCACGGAAACAGAAUCAUGUGGUUAAUUCUUGGCAAUCUGCAGUCUGUGGAGCAUUUGCAGGUGGAGUUGCAGGUGCUAUAACCACACCUCUGGAUGUGGCAAAGACUAGGAUCAUGCUCGCAAGGGCAGGUACCACGGCGGUGGAUGGAAAUGUGCUGGUCGUCUUGAGGAACAUCUGGAAGGUUGAAGGGAUUUCUGGCUUAUUUUCUGGAAUUAUUCCGAGAGUAACAUGGCUCUGUACUGGUGCUUUUAUUUUUCUUGGUGUCUAUGAAAAGAUGCAGACCCUGCUUGUAUAAGCAAAGUGGAAAACAGCAGACACUCAUACUCCUGCCACACCAAUGGAAAGAUACUUACUGAUAUUAUAAAUUUUUUAUUAAAUUCACUUCAAUAACAUUUGUUAGACACUUCUGUAUCUUACAUUUUUCUCUGUACAUUACCAAAUUUUAUAAAUAAAUACGUUUGUACAGAAAA